AUGCCAAGAUAUCGUGAAACACUAUGGAAGGAAGAAUUUAAUUCCCUUGAAAGCAUUAAGGCCAAGCGAGGGGCUAGACAAGGUGAUCUGAUGUCCCCUCUCUUCUUUGUCAUUGGAAUAGAGUACCUAUCGAGAAUCUUGAAGGCACUAAGGGAAGUGGAGUACUUCACUUUCCACCUGAGAUGCUCCAAACUAAGCCUCAAUCAUCUAGCUUUCGUUAUCGAUCUGAUGCUGUUCUACAAAAGGGUUAUGCAAUCAAUCAAAAUCCUUAUCCAAGGGGUAGAGUUCUUCUCAUCAAGCUCCAAGCUCUUUGCAAACUACACAAAAUUAGAGAUCUAUCUAGCGGGGGUCAGUAACGAAUUCAGAGAGAUGGCGGCUAAUUCCCUUGAUUUCACCUUUGAGAGUCUCCCCGUCAAAUACCUGGGCAUGCCUCUCCCCUUUAAAAGAUAUACAGUUGCAGACUGCGAAUACCUGGUUGAUAAAAAUGACAAAUUGAAUUCGCUCUUGACCAUUAUCCUCCCAAAGAGGAUUCUAAACCAAAUUAGUACCGUGUGUAGAUCAUACCUAUGGCACAGAGAAGCUGAGAGCAAGUCCUCAGGGAAUGCGAAUUGGGUUAAGGUCAGCUGA